GUGAAGGGCUUUUUUCCCAUCUACCCGCCGUCCGCCUUUUGUCGUGUGGCGGCGGCGUAACGUUUUCCCGUCUACACACACCCCUGCUCGCACUCUCCGGCGUCGCCGUGCGCUCCGCGUUCCCUGCGCGCCCGUCUCCCGACGGCUCACCCGUUCCACGGCCGAUAGCCGUGCCCGUAGACGGCCGUCUCGCCGCUGCCGCCGCGCGACUUUACAAAAUGUCGGACGCCCGCGACGACCGGCCCGGGCCUCAGCGCCAUUUUGGCCGGUCACGGCGUAUUCGCGGGCCCGUAGCUGGCCGCGGCGUUGUAUUAUUACGUUGUACAAUUGGUGGCGGUGGUUCGCCAGGUCUGUCGACGACGUAACCAAAACGGCACACUCGGGGGGGGGGCCUUUUGUGAGUUGUUACGCGCGUCAACGCCUGGGCCAAGCCCAAGCAUUGUGCCGUGGGUAUUGAUUUUUUUAAGUCUCGCUUACGGUGCGCCCAAUUUUUUCAGUUAAACGCUUUUCCUAUUUUGUUGUGCCUUCGUCCUAUCCUAUGUCUAUGCGUUUUUCUCCAUGUAUAUUGUAAUACACAGUAAACAUAAUAUUGUACAUUUGACGUGUUUGUGUCUUACACUAACACAAUAUAUACAUAAUAGUAUAUCGUUUUUAUAAUUUGAUCCUACCAUGUUCGUGUAAGUGCGAUAUGUGUGUGUGUGUGUGCGAGACGCUUAUUCACUUGCGGUUGUACCGUCCAGUCGAGGCAUUCUGGCACUAGCCCAGUCGUAGCAUUUGCUGAUAACGACUGCUGUACUUCGCCUUUGCGCUCGAUGACCUCGACGUGCCUUAAGCAUAAUAGGGUUUUCAACUUAUGAUCUGUUUUGCUCAGAUUAACAUGACUGAAGUGCUGAAAGCUAGUGAAUUAAGGGUCCCAAUGCCACCAGAAAAUAUGAGCAUAAAUAGAGAUCGAAGCGGAGAACAUCAUCAAAAUAUGGAUGGUCCACCACAGCCUGCACAUGCUCAUUUCACACCUCCAACUUCAGUGUCUGAUUUAGAAUUGCUUCAGCAUAGAGUCAAUUGGGGUACAUUCAGUGAUCCCACAAAAGUAUGCUCUAGUCUUAUGCUUCAACUUGGAGGAGCUGCAGCUGCUGUUGGUUCAGGUCAAGGAGGUUCAUCUGGUAAUAAUCAGACAAAUGGUAAUAAUGAACGCCGUACACACAUCACAGGCUCUAGUCUCAUGUUACAACUGGGAGGAGCGGCGGUAGCGACCGCACCGAGUAGUGCAUCAGGUGGUACCCAAAUAUCUGGUUCAAGUGGUGAACGCAGAACCCAUAUCACUGAUUCGCCAUUUCAUUGUGACAUAUGUGGAAAAUAUUUCUCCAGAAAAGAUCAUUUCAAAAAUCAUGUAAUGUGGCAUACAGGUGAAACACCACAUAGAUGUGACUAUUGCGCCAAAACAUUUACACGCAAAGAACAUUUGGUUAAUCAUGUGAGACAACAUACUGGUGAAACUCCUCACCACUGCAAUUACUGCCCAAAAUCGUUCACGCGUAAAGAUCACAUGGUUUACCACGAGCGUCAACACACAGGGGAAACGCCGUUCCCGUGCCAGUACUGUCCAAAGGCUUUCACUCGCAAGGACCAUUUGGUGAACCACGUCAGACGUCAUACAGGCGAGUCACCACACAAAUGCACUUAUUGUUUAAAAGUGUUUACGAGAAAGGAGCAUCUGACCAAUCACAUCCGCCAACAUACGGGUGAAACACCUCACCACUGCAAUUACUGCUCGAAAUCAUUCACGCGUAAAGACCACAUGGUUUACCACGAGCGUCAACACACAGGAGAAACGCCGUUCCCGUGCCAGUACUGUCCGAAGGCGUUCACGCGUAAAGAUCAUCUGGUUAACCACAUCAGGCGGCACACCGGCGAAUCGCCACACAAGUGCACAUUCUGCAUGAAGUCGUUCACCAGAAAAGAGAACCUGACCAACCACAUCCGUCAGCACACUGGUGAGUCACCACACCGAUGUCAUUUUUGUCCUAAAACGUUUACGCGCAAAGAACAUCUUACUUGUCAUAUUCGUAUUCACACAGGCGAGUCGCCACACGCUUGCGAAUUCUGUAAUCGAACCUUUGCACGCAAAGAACAUCUGAAACGUCACGUGCGCCAGCACGCGCCGGGGGCAGAGUACAAUUGUAUCAUCUGCUCCGAGGUGUUCUCUGCCAAGGAACCGUUGCUCGAACACAUGUUGACCCAUCCCCGCGAUUGUCCGUACGUGUGCACCGACUGCGGCAAGGCGUUCCGCCUCAAGGGCAACCUCCUGUUCCAUCAGAGGUCCCAUCAGAAGGGCAUGCCGGCCGAUCGUCCGUUCCGGUGUGAUUUGUGCCCCAAGGAUUUCAUGUGCAAAGGACAUUUAGUGUCGCACCGGCGCAGUCACACCAAUACUAAACAACAAUUCCAGUCUGGACAAUUUACAAAAGACCACGGCACCAAUGCUUCGUUCAUGUUGAAACACUUGAUGAAGCAAGAGAACGUGUCGGAAAUGAUCGGCCUGCAUCAGCCCCAUCCAAUGCCCCAGCACUCUGUCAGUGUGGGCACACAAGUUGGACUGCCUGUUCUUCCUCCGCCUCCAAACCUCCAUCUUCCCCCGCCAACCGCCGCUAGCCUAUUAGCCGCAGUCACGUAAACUUCUUGCAGUUCGGACAUGACGACUUUUUUUUAUUUACAGUUUCGUUCUGUUUUUUUUCGCUGAAAA